CUCUGCCUCACUCACUGACUCACUGGAGAGGAGCAACACAGCCCGCUACUGAGAGGAUUUACAAAACUUUAUCGCCAUUAUUCCCGCUCUUGUUUCUUCUUGAUAGUCUGCACGUGCUAUUCCCAGUGUGCACCAUGAAGGAAAGAAGACUCACGCAGCCGUUUGUCGGCAGGUGUAAACUCGUGCUGGUCGGGGACGUCCAAUGCGGUAAAACAGCGAUGUUACAAGUGUUGGCCAAGGACUGCUAUCCAGAGACUUACGUCCCCACUGUGUUCGAGAACUAUACCGCCAAUCUGGAGCUGGAAGACCAGCGUGUUGAGCUCAGCCUCUGGGACACAUCAGGUUCUCCAUACUAUGACAACGUCAGACCGCUCUGCUACAGCGACUCAGACGCAGUGCUCUUGUGCUUUGACAUCAGCCGACCAGACACAGUAGACAAUGCGCUGAAGAAGUGGAAAGCAGAGAUUCAGGACUUCUGUCCCAGCACACGGAUCCUACUAAUAGGCUGCAAGACAGACCUGCGGACAGACGUGUGCACACGCAUGGAGCUGUCCAAUCAGAAACAAACUCCCAUCUCCCAUGAACAGGGUUCGUCCUUGGCCAAGCAGCUUGGAGCAGAGACUUACCUGGAGUGCUCAGCCUUCACAUCGGAGAAGAGCAUCCACAGUGUUUUCCGUACUGCAGCUCUGGCCUGCAUGAACAAACUCCAGCCUGCCAAUAAACCCAGCCCCGUCCGCCGCCUCUCCAAGAGGCUCCUACACCUGCCCAGCAGGACAGAGCUGCUCUCCUCCACCUUUAGCAAGGACAAGUCCAAGAGCUGCUCCAUCAUGUGAAUACUGCUAAAAUCAUGCUGGGGAAGGAAAAAAAAUAACAAGGACAAGCAGGUGGUUCAGCAAGUGGCCCAGGGUGUGCAAGGGAAAGAGAGUAAAGCUCCUCUCUCCUUUGCAGCGUCCUCCCCCAAACUCCCCGUUUGCUACACUCUCUAUAUUCAACUCUGACACUGAACUUUUGAUCAUGACAUAUCACCAGCACACAGUGCAGAGACAGAGUGGGAAAAAUGUUUGAUGUUGAAAAUAUUUCUGAUCUGUUAAAUACACCUUUACAAAGAGAAAAACAGGCUCUUUGAUACCUGUUAGAUUCCUCGCUAAAGGGUUGCUGCGAGAGCUUAAAUAAGGUCAGUACCUCCUCUUUUCCAAGUGGUAGUAAACAUUGCAUUUGACUGCAUUACCCUGAUGAGACUCAUUUGAAAUUCUGAUAGCGGUGCCCUUUCCCAUCCAUCUCUUUAUCUGAAUGUCUCCUUAAGGUCACGGUAUGGGCUGAGUGACGAGAUGAAAUGUAAAAUCUGACAGUGACAGGAAGUGGUACCUACAGAAAUGCGGCUCUGGGAAUUUAAAACAGCAGCCCUUGAAGAAAUUAUUCCCCUGCCGACCCCUCACAGUAUUUCGUCUGGAAAUUAAAGCUGACAGUGGAGGAAAAAAGGGUAGAGAAGGGAGGGAUUUGGCAAAGGAGAGUGUUCAUUUGUAAAGGCAGUCGGAGGACAAACUGAGAGCGCAUCUGAAGGAGCGCAGUGUGACUCAGCACUCACAUGAGAUACAAAACAGUCGAAGGGUGGACGUGCUGUGACAAAACAAACAGAAUCCCGGGCCAUGUAAAGAGCAUUUGAGCAUGUUUUUGUCAGAUCCCCUUUCAUUAGCCAUCACCAAAGCAGUCUCAGUUGUUCACUGUUAUUAAUUAUAAGGCCUAAAUUUUGGUGAUGUUACAGUAAUGAUGCAUCAUCCUACAGUUCCCAGCUACUUCAUGAGCUGCCUAAUGGAUACCAGCUUUUGUUCCAGCAAAAAAGUCAUUUUUUUUCUUGGUCUUUAUAAGAUAAAACAUAAAAGACAUGCACAUUACACAUGCCAAACUGUUUUUGUACCAAAAGGAGUCUUUGUUUUUUAAUCAUCUGCCUCAUAUUUUACAAUAUGCUGCCUUCAAAUGGAGUUGUUUACCAUUUCUACUAGAAAAGUCCCUAUGAAUGCCCCCAUUUUGUUGUAAUCACGACAUGGAUGUAUUAUAAGAACUGGAUACUGGACUGGAGCAUAUUCAGUCCAGUGAGAAUUUCUAGCCUGGUGUAUAUGCCAAAAAGCCUAGCCCAAAGACUUUAUACUGGGAUGAUGGUCAAAAAGCUUAACAACAUUUAACAUAAAGUUUAACAUAAAUUCAUUGAUCCAAAAGUCAUAGUAGAAAGAGUCCUAAUUUUGGUUGCAUUUAAAGUAGGGCUGUCAAAUGAUUAAUUUUUUUAAUCGCGAUUAAUCGCAGAAUUUCCAUAGUUAAUCGCGAUUAAUCGCGUUUUGAAUUACAUGUUUAAAAUUCUGUUAUUUCGCAUUUAAAGGCAGUUUUAAGCCCAUAAUGUAAAUCAUUUGUUACCAUUGUGUCUUAAAUGGGAAUCAAAUGAACACAAAGAAAGAAUUUCCUUUUUGACCUUUUGUAUUUUCUUUCAAAAAAGUGCCAUGUAGACAAACUUAAUACACUGUCUACUUCUAAUACAGUUUUUCAAGUCUAUUUCAAAAUAAAAAAUACAGCUUAAGCAAAAUGCUACAACAGUGUGGUCAUGAAACCAUGGCUUAGAGGCAGGAAACAACUUCCAAGUAUUAAGAGGAAUAAAGUAACAUAGUGCUUACUUUGAGAGAUUCAAUAUAUCAGGUCACUCUGCUUCAAAAAUAAAUAAUAGCAAAAAGACUUGCGAUUAAAAAAAAUUAACGCGCUAUGGAUUGCAUUAAUCUAAUCUCGAUUAACGCGUUAACGCUGACAGCCCUAAUUUAAAGGUGUCUGGUCAACAGUUUUACAGAUUUCUCUUUUAUAGUAGUGGUCUAUGGGGAAAUGCUUGCAGGGGAUUUUUUGUUGCAAUACUGCAAGUUACCACUGUGCAAAAUUAGCUUAAAGGCUGAGCGUCGGCACUGUAUCCAGUUCUACAAUACAUCCAUGACUUAACCACAUGAAUGCAAUGCAUAUUGUGUUCACGACUUCCUGUAUCAUGACGUAGCUCAUGAGUUCCAUUUGAAAGCAGCAAUAGAGACAUUCAUGCCCCGGUCGCCAUUGACUUUGUAUUGAAAGGCUGUUUGGUAGAAUGCAC